AUGGCCCAGCAGAGAGCCCUGCCGCAGAGCAAGGAGACGCUGCUGCAGUCCUACAACAAGCGGCUCAAGGACGACGUCAAGUCCAUCAUGGACAACUUCACCGAGAUCAUCAAGACCGCCAAGAUUGAGGAUGAGACGCAGGUGUCACGGGCUACUCAGGGAGAACAGGACAAUUACGAGAUGCACGUGCGAGCCGCCAACAUUGUUCGAGCUGGUGAGUCCCUGAUGAAGCUCGUGUCCGACCUCAAGCAGUUUCUGAUCCUCAAUGACUUCCCGUCAGUGAAUGAGGCCAUUGACCAGCGCAACCAGCAGCUGCGAGCGCUGCAGGAGGAGUGUGACCGGAAGCUUGUCACCCUGCGGGAUGAGAUCUCCAUCGACCUCUAUGAGCUGGAGGAGGAGUAUUACUCGUCCAGCUCGAGUCUUUGCGAAGCUAAUGACCUGCCUCUGUGCGAAGCUUACUGGAGGCUGGACCUCGACACAGACUCUGCGGAUGGCCUCUCGGCCCCUCUGCUGGCGUCCCCGGAGCCCAGUGCUGGGCCCCUGCAGGCUGCAGCCCCUGCCCACUCCCACGCCGGCGGCCCUGGCCCCAUGGAGCAUGCCUGAGCCUCCAGGGGGUGCCCUCCCUGGGCCCUAGUUUCUCAGGAAUGAAACCCAGGGCUCCCCUCUGGAUGCCACCACAGCAUCACUUCUUUUAGCCUAAUUUCCCACUUGGGGACCCUGGAGCUGUGGCAGUUUCCUUGGGAAUCUCAUCAGCCCGGGUCAGCCCUCCCAGGACGGCUGGGGAAAGUUGUUCCCUGAUCAUUUCUGAGUGGCCCAUCCCUCAAGUCAUCACCCCCAUUCCUGCCUUCCAGGCCAGCCAGGUGGAGGAAGUUUCCAGGACAGGUUUGUCCCAUUGAGGACCUCAGCAGCGGGGCAGGGAGGACACCUGAUAGGAAGAUCCCACCUGAGCAUGUUUAAAAUUGGGAGGAGGCUCAGUGUGGACAGCGUCAUCCAAGCCCAGUGUCCGUCCUUAGGCCACGGCUCCCAUGCAGAGCCCUGCCUGGGCCACAGAUGUCCCCCCACAGGCCGAGUGCCCUGGCAGGGCUGGUGAGAGGGGUGCUCACGCGGAAGCCAGGCAGGGGCUGUUUCCUAAAUUCCACUGCUGCCUACAUUCUGAGUGUCUUUAUAACGAGAUUGUUGAAUAAAACACCACCGCCCUUUUGCAUCGG